GCAAGGGCGCGGGUAGUGGAGCAGCCCGGGAGUUGGGCGGGAAAAGGGAUUUCUCUUCCAGGUUCCCAGGAAGGCGCGUCCAGUGUGGCGGGAUCGUUGGGAAAAGGCGAAGGGCCGCGGCUUCUCUCCGUUCCCGUCCCUCCUCCCCUGUUGUUGACUCAGCGUCUCUCUCGAGUCAUGCUCGGACAUGCCGGGCCGCUCUUUUUGGAGGAGUGAAGCCCAAACAUGCCCGUAAACGCGCUCCCAUGCGCCGCUAUUUAUACUCGGCCCUUGCGAGGUUACGGGCGGGCAGUUGCGUGGCGCUUGGAGUUGCGACUCUCGUAGCUGCGGAUCCCCUCAGGCAGGCAAAUGUGCAAUACUAAAAUGGCUUCUGCGACCGACCAGCCCGCGGCUGGCACAUCUGCCAUUGGCCGCUCGGAUCAAGAAGCGCUGAUUAAGCCCAAGCCACUGCUUUUGAAAAUUCUACAGCUUGCUGGUGCAGAAAAGGAUACUUUUACCAUGAAGGAGAUUUUGUUCUAUAUUGGUCAAUAUAUUAUGUCUAAACGUCUAUAUGAUGAAAAGCAACAGCAUAUUGUCCACUGUGCAAAUGACCUUCUGGGCGAUCUGUUUGGAGUACAGAGUUUUUCUAUAAAAGAACGCAGGCAAUUAUAUUCGAUGAUUUCCAAACACCUGGUAACAGCCAGCCAGCAAGACUCUAAUAAUGUUAACACAGCUGUGAAUCAGUCCAGGUGCCAGGUAGAAAAUGGAAACGUUCUAAAGGAAACAAUACAAGAAGCAAAUGAAGCGACUACUUCCCGAAGAACAUACAGUGAAACAGAAGACAGUGUUUCAGAAGAUAUGAAUUAUGAAAGACAAAGAAAAAGGCACAAAUCAGACAGUAUUUCCCUUACGUUUGAUGAAAGUCUUAAAUGGUGUUUAGUACAUUGUGAACGAAGCAACAGCAGCAGUUCAAUAGAUUCUCCACCAAGUCCAGAUCAUGCCAGUUUAAGUGAAAACUCAGACUGGUUAGAUGAAGAUUCGGUUUCAGAUCAAUUCAGUGUAGAAUUUGAAGUUGAAUCUAUUUACUCAGAAGAUUAUAGUCCUAAUGAAGAAGGGCUUGAGCUAACAGAUGAGGAUGAUGAAGUAUAUCAAGUAACUAUAUAUCAGACUGAAGACAGUGAUAUGGAUUCAUUUGAUGGAGACCCUGAAAUUUCACUAGCUGAUUAUUGGAAAUGCUCAAAGUGCAAUGAAAUGAACCCGCCUCUUCCAUCUCAUUGCCCAAGAUGCUGGACUCUUCGGAAGGAUUGGCUCCCUGACAAAAAGACUGAGAUAUUCGAGAAGAGCAAACUUCUAAAUACCCCACCAUUAGAUCCUGAGGAGGGCUUUGAUGUUCCUGACUGUAAGAAAGGAAAAAUAAAUGAGGAUAAGGAAGAAGAAGAUGCAGAACAAAGCCCUGAAUCUCAGGAAAGUAUAUAUUCCCAGCCAUCUACAUCUAGCAGUGUGCAUUGCAGUAGCCAAGAAGACUAUAAAGAAUCCGAGAAAGAAGACACUGACGACAAAGAAGAAAGACUGGAACCUGGACAGCCUGUUUCCAGUGUAGAGCCUUGUGUCAUAUGCCAAACACGACCUAAAAAUGGUUGCAUAGUACAUGGAAGGACAGGACAUCUAAUGUCAUGUUUCAUAUGUGCAAAAAAAUUGAAGAAAAGGAACAAGCCUUGUCCAGUCUGUAGGCAGCCAAUUGAGGUGAUAUUGCUAACUUAUUUUUGCUAGCUGCAGUACAAACAGAACUGUUCCUAUAUGUAGAAUUACACAGAAUGCAGUUUGAAUGUUUACGUAAACAUGUUUAUCUUCCAAAAGAUCGAAACUUUUAAACAUUGCACUACAAUUGAUAGUGUGAUCAUAACAUUGUCUAAUUUUUUUUUGAAUUUUACCCAAACAGUAAGCAUGUGUAUACAUAAUGAUGUGCAAAGAGUGAUAUUUAGAAUUUAUUCUUUUAAAUAUCCUAGGGACCACAGAAAAAGAGUAUAUAUUCUAAAACUGAAAACUGCUGAUUUACUUAUCUAUGCUGAUCCAAAAUGUUAUAGGAAAAACUAUGUGUGAUGUAGAGCUUCAAGUUACCCCUUUCAGACACUCCUGAUAUAAUGGGAGUUGCUUAACAAUGAUUAAGCAGUCCUAAGUAUUUUCCAGGUUUCCUUUUGUCUAUAAUAUUUUCAUUGUACCUCACUAGUUAUUGGCUAAUAAGCAAAGAUUGUCUCAAAAAUGAGCUUAAAGCUGAUGUGAAGAAACUUGAUUAGUGUUAAAAACUAGUGCUGACAGAUCCCUUAACCCUGAUUCAAACAAGAAGCAGACAAUUGUUUUGGGCCUGGGCAAGGACUAGUUUACGACCUGUUCCUAAUGUCUGAAGAUCCCCAGCAUGGAAUCUCUACACCUUUAUCAGAGUGAACAUAGUGAAGUUUUGGAGGCCUACUCAAAUUGUGUUCUUUAGGCCAUGGUUACCAUAUCUGGUGGUGAAAUUAUAAAGGUCUACUUAAAUUUGUGCUGUGAUCAAAUACUAUGGGAAAGAAUUUUGUUAAAAGGGUUUUUAAACGAACUGUAAUUCUAAAAGCCACUGAAAUAAGAUUUAGCAUUCUAAGCACUUGUCCAUUACAGUAAUACAUUCACAGUGAGCAAAUAAUAUUGUACCAUAUAUGAAUUGCAAAUUAUCAUUUACCAAUAAAUUUUACCAACAGGCAGUCCAUCUUUGCCUUUGCUUACCUUCCAUAUUUUA